GGCUCCAUUCUCUGCGCUACUUCCAUGUUGCGGUGUCAGAUCCCAGCCCAGGAGUGCCCCAGUUCGUGUCCGUGGGGUACGUGGAUGGGAACGUCAUCUCGCGCUACGACAGUGAGACUGGGAGGGUGGAGCCCCGGGCGGACUGGAUGGCGGCCAACAUGGACACCCAGUACUGGGACACCCAGAGCCAAAUAGGACAGGGAAAUCAGCAGAUUGACCGUGUGAACCUGGACACAGUGCAGAGACGCUACAACCAGAGUGGAC